CGGAAGCGAGGGGGCGCUGUGCCAACGCGGGCACUGUGCGGGACGUCGCUCCUUCCGGCCCGGGAGGUGCGGCUGCCAUGGCGCGGAAUGUGUUGUACCCCCUCUACCAGCUGGGUGGCCCCCAGCUCCGUGUAUUCCGAACCAACUUCUUUAUCCAGCUGGUGCGGCCUGGUACUGCCCAGCCUGAAGAUACUGUGCAGUUCCGGAUCCCCAUGGAGAUGACCAGGGUGGACCUCCGGAAUUACCUUGAGCAAAUUUACAAUGUUCCUGUGGCUGCUGUGCGCACGCGGGUGCAGCAUGGCUCCAACAGGAGGAGGGACCACAAGAACGUAAGAAUCAAGAAGCCGGACUACAAAGUGGCCUACGUGCAGCUGGCCCAUGGGCAGACCUUCACCUUCCCAGAUCUUUUUCCAGAGAAAGAGCCCAGUCCUGCAGACCCUCUGGAAGAGGAGCCUCAGCAGCAGAGGCAGAGCAGCGACCCCCGGUGCCCUGGUAUCCCUUCUUGGUUUGGCCUAUGACCUGUGGGACUGGACCACAGACCUAGUAAGCACAGUAGUUCUGACAAACUCAAAUAAAAAUCCUUUGUGGAGAAAGAACU